AUGGGAGAGGCGGAGUUCUUGGCAGAGCUCCGGGAGAGCUUUCAUAGCGCUGAGGCCAUGCGGGAAGAGCACGCUGCAAUUGAAACGGAGUUGUGCAAUUGCAAAUCCUCUUUAUCCCCAGGCAUUUUCCUGAUGUCAACGCACGCUUUGACCGAGCGCUAUUUGGCUGAAGAUGUGUACGAGGAUGUCCUAGGCAUGCUCGAGAACGACGACAGCCUUCCACUAGAUAAGCGCAUCCCACACAGACAGGUGAUGAAAGAGAAGGUGAAGUUCAAUGACGUGGUGAGCUUUGAAGAUGUGGAGACGUUGAAGCGGAUCCAUUUGAACUAUCGGCUCCUGUAUCUUAAGGAUAUUGUCCUACCACGGGCCCUCGAUGAUGGUGCCUUUGCUUCUCUUCAGCAGUUAAUCCACAAGAAUUUAGCGGCCAUUCUAGAACAUCUGCAGAAGACCGACGCGGUUCUCACGCGUCUCAUGGAGCAAGUUCGGCAGCAGGAUAUGCAGAGUCUCUUGUUCCUGGAGGAUGCCUGCAGACUUUCCCGGCAGAUUGUGCCCGAGCAGCGUCAGGCGUUGUACGCCAAGAUGGCGAGUGCAGGGCUGUUUGACGCGCUCGCAGUGUACUUCACCGGGGAUUGGGCACGAGGUGAGAGGAAUACCACCGCUGGCGAUGAGGUGGGAGUGCGGAAGCCGUGGGAACACCCGGCGCAGCACCACGCGGUCGAGGUCCUGCUUCUUCACGCGACCUUUCAUCCAACGCAUUUGCGGAAUUGGUUGACAAAGGAGAAGAAUGAGGAUGGACGCCGUGUGCUGCGGGUGCAGGGCUUAGAAACUCCGGGUGAGGAUCAGAAGUGGAUUCCAGAAUGA